ACUCCAACCUCUUAUCAACAAAAAUCCUCAUAACAACGUUCCACACCUUUCUCUCUCCAGAGACUGUCAGCGCCAUGAACGCCGUAGCGACUGCUGCAGUUCUCUCUCUGCCUUUCUCCUUCUCUAGAUCGUCCAAGCUUGACGCCAAAAAGGCUUUGAAAGGUCGGUUUAGAGUGUUUGCUGUAUAUGGAGAAGAGAUAGAUGAUAAGAAGAAUGCGUGGAGUGCGCUCUUUGAUGUGGAGGAUCCAAGAUCCAAGGUGCCACGGUAUAAAGGAAAGUUUUUGGAUGUAUAUCAAGCCCUUGAAGUCGCAAGAUAUGAUAUUCAAUACUGUGAUUGGCGAGCUCGCCAAGACUUGCUUACCAUCAUGCUUCUCCAUGAAAAGGUGGUGGAAGUUCUUAAUCCUUUGGCUCGUGAUUAUAAGUCCAUUGGCACCAUGAAAAAGGAGCUAGCAGAGUUGCAAGAAGAAUUAGCACAAGCACACAGACAGGUUCAUAUAUCUGAGGCGAGGGUGUCCACUGCUUUAGAUAAACUAGCUUACAUGGAAGAACUGGUAAAUGAUAAGUUGUUGCAAGAAAGAAGCACGACUGAAGUUUCCCAUACAUCAUCUUCUUCCGGUACAUCUGUUGAAUCUGUAGAUAUAGAAAAGAGAAGACCGCCACGAAGAAGCUUGGAUGUGUCAGGUCCAGUUCAGUCAUACCAUCCCCACUUGAAGAAUUUCUGGUAUCCUGUGGCUUUUUCUACUGACUUGAAGGAUGAUACAAUGAUCCCAAUAGAAUGUUUUGAGGAACCAUGGGUCAUCUUCAGAGGGAAAGAUGGGAAGCCUGGAUGUGUUCAGAACACCUGCGCACACAGAGCAUGUCCUCUGCACCUUGGUUCCGUAAAUGAGGGUCGUAUCCAAUGCCCUUACCAUGGCUGGGAAUAUACUACUGAUGGAAAAUGUGAGAAAAUGCCAUCUACUCGACUGCUAAAUGUGAAGAUAAAGUCAUUUCCAUGUUUUGAAAAAGAGGGGAUGAUCUGGAUUUGGCCUGGCAAUGACCCCCCAACAGCUGCCCUUCCAUCUUUGCUACCUCCAUCUGGGUUUGAAGUCCAUGCUGAGAUUGUCAUGGAGCUUCCUAUCGAACAUGGGUUACUUUUGGACAACCUUCUGGAUCUUGCACAUGCCCCCUUCACUCACACUUCAACUUUUGCUAAGGGAUGGAGUGUUCCCAGCCUGGUGAAAUUUUUGACACCUGCAUCUGGCCUACAAGGAUACUGGGACCCCUAUCCAAUUGAUAUGGAGUUUCGGCCACCUUGCAUGGUUCUAUCAACCAUUGGAAUUUCCAAGCCUGGUAAACUCGAAGGACAAAGCACCAGUCAGUGCACCACACACCUGCACCAACUUCAUGUCUGCUUACCAUCUUCAAAACAAAAAACAAGGUUGCUAUACAGAAUGUCACUGGAUUUUGCUCCUGUGCUUAAGCAUGUACCUUUUAUGCAACAUCUAUGGAGACAUUUUGCAGAGCAGGUUUUAAAUGAGGAUCUGCGACUAGUGUUAGGCCAGCAAGAACGGAUGAACAAAGGUGCAAAUGUGUGGAACUUCCCUGUAUCCUAUGACAAGCUUGGAGUAAGAUACAGACUAUGGAGAGAUGCCUUGGAGCGAGGAGCUAAGCAACUACCCUUCAGCAAAUAGAAUGUACUGUAAUAAAGAUUAGAGUGCCUUUUCUCUCACAGUUAGUCAUGCUUCUUGGAACCAACCUUUAUUAACUCAAGCCAUCAUACACCAUUGCAAUAGAAAGGCCAACUCGAACUCGUACAUUGCCUUUCCUUGGUUCUUUCUUUCAAAGCAUUCCUACGAUGCCAUGCAAAGGAAACUACGAAAUUUGAUCAGAGCUUGUCUCCUCUAAUUCAAGCCCCUUGUAAAAUAGCACCAACUGUACACUUGGCCUUUUAUUAUUUCUGUGUACAGGAUCAAGUCCAUUUUUUUUACCCCACUUUUGCAUCUCAGCUGGCGGCUUAACCUCGCACCAUAACACUGGUGCUUGUUGUAUUGUAUGAUGUUACCAUCUUAGCUCAAUGAUAAUUAAGAAUUCAUCAUUGGUUUGGACCUUUGCGGUUUAUAAUGAAUUUAGAUAUUCCCUUUUUCUUC